UUGUGGGGAACCGCGGACACCGGGCGCGCUGCCGGUAUCCCGGGUGCGGUGGUCUCCCGCAGUCGGAGGGGUGGAAAGCAGCAGCAGCGGCGGAGUCCCCGUUUUCCCGUGCGCCCAUCCCGGCUUCUCUCCGCCGGAAAGGCGCUGAGGCCGGGGGCUUCUGUCGUUUUCCCGACUGUGGAGCAGCCGGGUGGUCUCGUCCGUGCGCCCCCGGGCAGCCUCGGGAGCGUACCGGGGAGGUGCGCAGCCGCUGGGGCUCUGCUGGACGCGGCUCUGUGGAGCCUCCUGGUGGCGGGCCGGGGGCGCGGGGGCCGGCGGCUCGGCUCCCAAACAUAGGGCUGCGCUGGGAUUGAGAGGUGUCUUUUUUUUUUUUUUUUUUUUUAUUUCUUUUUUAAUUUUCUUUUCGCUUGGAACGUAUCCCAUCUCUUUUGCUAGGUUCGAACCAAAAAAAAAUGAAAAAAAGGGGGAAAAAACUUUUUUAGUUGCGGCUGUACUGUAUUGUUGACAUUCAUUGGAUGUGUUAUCUGUAACAGCCUCUUAAUCAUUACUGCAGCUGAGUCAGUUGUUCCCAGGCUUGUGUUUUCCUGCAGCUGACAGUUCCUAUCUAAGAACCUCUCUCGGUCUCUGUCCUUCUUUCCUGCCCGGACGAUGGCCCUUGAUAACAGCCUAACUUCUCUUUUGCUGUCUGACUUGCACAAUAGGACACAAGUGUGGCAGCCUUUUAAAAGGCGUUUGUCCAGAAGGAUGUCACAGCAUCACCUGCUUUCUAAAUGUGCCGUGGUUUUAAGCCCAGCUGGAGAUGAAACCAGGACAAAAUGAUUCAGAUGUUUUUUUGGAUCCUCCUUGGGGUGGGGGAAGGGAAAAAUGGGACAAACUGCUUUUGAUCCACAGAGAGUAAUUUGUGGGUCAAAAGCUGAGGUUUGUUUAGCUCAUAUUCUUGGGAUCAGUGAUCUCUCUCUUAUUUGUAGAGGUUAAUUAUUUUAUGUUGCUCUGAUGCCUUGGGAGCCUUUCUAGAGCAGUGUGAGCUCUCAUCUUGCUCCACUCUGUGCACAGAACAAAAAGACAGCCUCUGCCUGAAGGUACCUCCAGGCAUGAUCUAGGAAGGAGGCAACACACGUGUGUGGGAGUACAGGGAAAGCCAGUGCUGAUCAGCAGCCCUGCAAUGGCUUACUAGUUAGCCUAAAGAAAAAACAAACUCAUUUUUUCAUAGGCCUGCUGCCAGGAGAGAGUUAGGGAAGGAUGUGGAAGGUAACUGGAAAACUACAGACUGCAAGCUUUCACUUAGAGUCCAUUUCCUUAUCCAUAGUAAGCUCUGCCUAUAACUGAAGCACUCAAACCUUCUCGAGAAGGUGCUUAGGAACACUGUAGGCAUUUGGCAUUUCCUUAAGUAACCCAUCCAGGGGUUAGCAGCCUUAAUGGUUAAAAGUGUUUCCUGCUAGUAACCACUGAAAGUUGAACUUUGCUGCUGUUUAAAGCCACUUCUGCUUGUUCUGAGAAUAAAAUAAGGCAAUAAAUGUUUGUCUCUUUCUUCACAUAAUUGACUACUACUGUAAUUUUUUUCCUCCCUCUAUUACGCUUUACGAUUUUUUAAGUUUUGUUGAUUUUCUUUAGACUUCUGAUCUUUUUUGUAGCUCUCUUUAGGAGAGACCUGAUGUUUCAUUUUCAAGCGUGGUCCUUAAAAAUAGACCUGUAUCACUAUUGCAGCUGAGCUUGUUGUAUCUAGUCUUGUGUUUUCCUGCAGUCAGUCUUUUCUCUUUAGGAACUAGAGUGCAUAACUUCAUGAGUUUCACUGUAGCUUUUCAUAUUGCUCCUGAAGACCGCUUUAAAUUCUGCUCCUAUUCUUCUGUGCUGCCUGAAUAAGGAGGAAGCUGCAUAAAUGUGUACAGGAGCAGUGCUGCAUGGAGCAGGUUUCACGUGAACUGUUUACAAGUCAUGCUUUUGCAUGUCCUGUACCUAAGCUGAUAAAGCAUCUAUGCACUUUAAUCUCAAGUCUGUGCCACUCUGCUAGUAGUGUGAGCUGUGCCUUGAACCUUGGAUAUAAAGACUUACCAGCCAAAGUCUUGUUCCUGCCUUAGUAAUGUUCCAGAGGUUAAAUAACAUGCUCAUGGGAGAGAUUGAUAGCUUGUCCAGCCAAAAGCCAGAGUUCAGUGAGAAGGAAGAUGACGAAUGGAUUCUGGUUGACUUUAUAGCAGACACUUGCACUAAUUGCUCCGUGGAGGAAGCAGACAUUGUUGAAGUGUCGGCCACGGACAGCUCGCCUGUCUUCUCUUGUUUAUCAUCUCCCUUGGAACACUUGCCGGAGGCCAGCGAGUCUUGCUUCAUCCAGUUUGAGUCAUGUCCUAUGGAGGAGAGCUGGUUUAUUACCCCUCCCCCAUGUUUUACUGCAGGUGGAUUAACCACUAUCAAAGUGGAGACCAGUCCAAUGGAGAACCUCUUAAUAGAGCAUCCCAGCAUGUCUGUGUAUGCUGUCCACAACACCUGCCACAGCCUUAAUGAGACUGGAUGUGGGGAGGAGAAGUUUCACAGCCCAGGUAGUCCCAGACUGGAGGCCCGAAAUGAAACAGGACAGCGUGUUCACUGCUAUGUCACAGCUCUUGCUACUAGUUCAACUUUUCUGGAAAAAAACAAGAGCUUUCGUCCUACCCACUGGAUAAAAGAACAUAAUGAAAGACACUAUCUCAACAGAAACAGCCUCCGUCGCCAAAACCUUACCCGGGAUUGCCACUCUCGGCAAAUCAAGCACAACGGACUGUUUGUUCACCAGCCUUGCCAGCGUCAGUUCAAUUACUGAUGGCUCUUGUGGUUUUAAUCUAUGGUCUAAUUGUUCCUUAGGUUGCUCUUGUUUUCACAUGUAGGUAAGUGUGGUCAAUUUAAAGCUGAUUGUCAAUCCCUCAAACACAAUCUUAACUAGUGUUGCAUUAUUUUCAAAAGACGCAUAAAUCUCCAAACAUCUUGCAUCAAGUUUUAAAUGUUGAUGUUAAAUAUCAAUGUCUUGGAAGCCUAUCAGUACGAUAGUUUUGUGUGCUGUUUUAUAAACUAUGAUGUAUAGAUGGGUUCGUAGUUGGUAUUUUAAAGAAACUUAACUGAGAUGGAAAUCAGUUACGUUUUGCAUUAAUCAAAAUGGAGUUAGAAAAACUUGAUGUUAGCCAUGUGCUUUAAUGACCAGAACUUGACAGCUUGUGUAUCUGUCUGUAUUCAGCAUAUAUGAUUACUUUCUAACAAGGAAAUAAUAUAGCUGCCAGUGGAUAUUACAUAGCUGCAUUGAGCUGUUUCAAGAAGGACAUCUCAUCUAAAUUCCUGGAACUUAAUUGUGUUAGUGGGGUCUGUGUGUGUGAGCUGGGUGCUUGAUAUGGAUAUUGAAAGAGGGUUAAAUGUCCCACCAGUAUUGUUGCAGUACAAUAUGGCACUGGUGUUACAAAAAUAGUACCUUAGAGUGGAAUGGGAAGAAAAGUGAACCUUUGGCUAACAUGCAGAUGCACAACACAGAACUGAACUGGGUUUUACUAGGCAAAGUUUGAGUUUCUCUAACUAUUUCUGUCUUUGAAGCAUGUGUUUCCCCUACCCUAUCUCAUUUAAUCUCUAGUCUAGUUAAGGGAAAAAGAUGGUGGAUUGACCAUUCUUUUAAUUCUAUCAGCAGCUCACUGCUCUUCGAAGAAGUCAGGCUGAUGGACAACUAUUUGAGCUACAAAUUGCUAUUAGAUUUUUUGUCUAAUAAAAAUUGUCUCAUUUACAGAUUGAGAGUAGCUCAGAAGUAGCUGGAAGGAAGCUUUUAUUUGAAGUUCUCCUAAUUUUCUCUCUUUCUCUAUGAAAAUGAAAUCCAAAUUAACGGGGACUGGAAAUGGAGGGCAGUGUGAGGCAGGGAGAAAUGGAUACUGAGCUGAACACAGCAAUAACAGAGUGUAUAAAAAUUGAUCAAUCAGCCAUGGUUGUUCUCCUAGUCCAUUGGAGGCAGGAGGACUGGAUAGCAAUUCUAUGGACCAACAGGAAAGAAAAGCCAUUCAAAACUAUCAAGUAGUUUUCUUAAGAACAUUGUGCAAGAUGUUUUGGAAGUUGGCAGGCACUGCCAACUACAACUACAGGUAAAGUUCACCUGUUAACAAAAGCUGUGUUACACAGCAGCCAGUGGUAUGCUGAACCCUGAUAGAUCAAUCUGGGAAGUGGAUUAAAUGGAUAUGGAAGUAAGGAAGCAGAAAUCUGCAUUGAAAGAAGGCGGGGAGUAAAAGUAAGUUUAUCUUCCUUUUUGCCGGUGGUUAAUGUGACUUGCUGUUUUCCCUUUUGUUUAGUGUCCAGGGCAAUACAAUGUUAACAUUACACUCAGCUGUGUCUUCCAGUAGUCCUGACACAGAAGAUGGUGUGAGGAGUCUUUGAAAUAAGGCAAGGUCAAUAAUGUGAAUUGUUCCAGACCGAUGAAGUAUUUAAACUUGGCCAAAUGCUUCAAUUUCAGUGAACCAAAACCCCAACAAUUCAGAUUGACCUUGAUGUAGUGGUACUGUUGCAUGUUCUGCAGCUGGAAUUGUUGUGGAACCUACUUAGCUUACAGGGAACAGUAUUUACAGCCUGUGUUUCACUGCAAUUAACAUCACAAAGGGAUGUUGAAAAUAAUUAAGUGUAUAAAAGCAAGAGGUGCUUUCCUGGAUGCACUAGUGUGUUUUUU